UUAGGGUUGAUAUAUUUAUGUUUUUUUUUUACAAAAACAGAAACAAAUUUAGGCAAGUAUUAAAAAUGCAAGCUAUGAAUGAAUGUCUCCUGAUAUAACAAGAGAAAGGUUGAAAUGCUCUUACAAAUAGUAAAUGUACGUCAGAUGGUAGAUGGGUAAAAAAAAUGUCUACUGUUAAUGUGACCAUGGACCCUGAGUACAGCCUUCAGGAUAUUUCACGGUGUCAUCUCUGUGAGACCCCUGGCCCCCCAAUGUACUGUGAAAUUUGUCACAUACAUCUGUGUAAAGCAUGUGUGGGGGAACAUCUUUCUGAUGUAUCAAAAGAACACAAGGUGGUGCCAUUUGGAAAGAAAGGAUCUACUCCAAAAUGCUCAGAACAUCCUACAAAGCUAUGCGAGCUGCAUUGUGAACACUGUAACAUUCCAUUAUGUUCACUCUGUGUUUCGACUGGUGAACAUAUAGGACACAAACUAGUUGAUUUCACUCUGAAAAGUCUAGAAACAAAGAAAGAAAUUUUGCAAAAAUAUUUACUAGAACUAGAGACAUUCAUUUAUCCAAAAUACACAGAAAUUGCAUCCAUUAUUCUAAUUCAGAAAGCUGAUCUGAAUGAAAAUUCCAAAAAAUUGACAACAGCCAUUGACAAACAUGGGGAAGACCUACAUAGAGAAAUUGACGCCAUUAUCAAGAAACUGAAAUCAGAUCUGAAUGAAACGGACUCCAAAAACCUGGCAGCAUUAACAAAGCAAGAGGAAGAAAUCAAACGGACCACUUCCGAAAUCACAAAGAGCAUUGCUGAACUGAAAAAGUUACUGGAAUCCAAUGAUCUUAGCCUUGUCUCUGCCUACAAGUCCAGGAAUGCCGAAUUUAGAAGAUUGCCUCCUAAAUUCACAGUGUCCUUACCAAGUUUUACCCCUCAAGAGAUCAAUAAAAAACAGCUUUAUCAACAUUUUGGUUCUUUGUCAGCGUCAUCUAUCAAAACAGAAGAACGUGACUGCACAAUUGAUUCUCCAGGUUCAGAGUCCUUUUCCCAGUUUAGAUCGCUCAUUGAUGUACCACAAAUCAUCACAAAUAUAAACACCGAGUGUAAAGGAUUAUGCUGCGUGUCAUGUCUGAGUGAUGAAUAUGUAUGGACUUGUGGUGAUGACAACAUCAUGAGACUUUACAACCUUCGGGGAGAACUAGUGAAGUCCAUCCAAACCAAGUCAGGGAACACUCCACGGGACAUAGCAGUGAAAAGGAGUGGGGAUCUAGUUUAUACUGAUUACGAUGAUAGAACUGUGAACGUAGUGAAGAAUACACAGAUACAGACAGUGAUCAGACUACGGGGGUGGAUACCUCUCUAUAUUUGUACCUCUUCCACCGGUGACCUUCUGGUCAUCAUGAACAGUGAAGGUGAUGAACCAACAAAGAUUGUGCGAUAUUCUGGCUCCACAGAACAACACCGUAUUCAGUACGAUGACAAAGGUCAACCUCUCUAUUCAUCUUGUGCCAUUAAAUACAUAAGUGAGAACAGGAACCUAGAUAUCUGUGUGUCAGAUUAUGGAGCCCGUAAAGUAGUGGUAGUCAAUCAGGCCGGGAAAUUCCGGUUUACUUACACUGGUCCUCCCUCUUCUUACGAGGGAUCAUUCUAUCCGUACGGCAUCACAACAGACAGCCAGGGUCGGAUCCUGACAGCAGACCGUACAUAUACCAACAACCAAAUCAACAUCCUAGAUCAGGACGGACAGUUCCUCCGCUACAUUGACAACUGUCAUUUACAGUAUCCAUGGGGUUUAUGUGUGGACACCAAAGACAACCUCUUUGUGACUGAAAGCAGAACACGUAGAUUAAAGAAAAUCCAAUAUUACGUGUAAAUGAACUGUGUAUAUACUUAAUAUGUAAACCUAAGAUAAUAAUAGUCCUGAUAUCAUUGCUUUUUAAAUGUAUGAA